GUCCACGACGUCCACGACAACAGCGGCACCGACGACACAAGUCACCACGGCGGUGCCCACGACGACGUCGUCUUCCAGUGGAUCUGAGAAAGUCUUUCAGCCUGUGGAUGGAGGUUCUGAUAGGGUCUGCCGCGGCAGCACCCCGUCCGACAACAAGCCAGGCUACUAUUUCGUUGUGACCGUUGCCUCCCUGGACGGCUGCAAGUCUGAGUGCGUCGCCUCAAGCGACUGCGUCGGCCUCGAGUACAAGGGCAGCCGCUGUGAGAUUUGGACGAGAAGCGGGGGCAUUCAAGCCUCCAGGGAAUCCAGCGGCUACACCUGCUUGAGUUAUGGAGUUCCUGCGACGUUGCGCCCGGGAAGCUUCGAGGCGGUUGAUGGCGGCGAUGCGCGAGUCUGUCGCGGCGCCAGUGCCACUGACAAUCAGCCGUCGUACUUCCGCGUGCUGCAAGGCACCUCCUUGGAGAGUUGCCAGCGCCAGUGUCAAAUCAGCGAUGAUUGCGUGGGCGUGGAGCAUCAUCAAGGUGGGCGUUGCGAGCUUUGGACCCGCGCCCUGGGCAUCCAGGCUUCCAAGCCGCUCCAAGGCUAUUCCUGCUGGCGCUUCGUUCCGGAGGGUGCUGCAGGGCCCACGCGAAGAGAAGGCGAUUUCGAGGCUGUGGAUGGUGCCGUCGGCCGUGUUUGCCGCGGUGCCAGUCCCGGUGACAAUGCCGCAAGCUACUUCGAUGUCGUCUCUGGUUUGCCGUCUUUGCUGUCUUGCCAGGCCCAGCGUAGAGUACCACCAAACUGGGCGAUGCGAGCUGUGGAAGCGAAGUGCUGGUAUCGGCAGCAGCGCUGCACUCGCAGGCUACAGUUGCUGGAGGUUCGUGGAGAAGCUGGCUGCCUGGCUGCCAAAGUCGUCCGUAUCAGUAGGAGCCAGGAACUCGGCUCCCAGAGUCUCGUGGAGACCGCGGCCGAAGCGAUGUUGAAGGUUCAGGGCCUUCGGCUCGGGCGCACCAAAAGCGAUGCAGGCGCCAGUGAGCUGGAAGACCUUGCCUUCCAGCUGCACGCUGCAGAGCGAGCGCUGCUGAGAUUGCACAAGUCCAAGCCUGUCAUGCCCGUCUUCAGCGCAGUCGCUACGCUUUGCCUUGUCACUUCUGGCGGUGCCCGGCGAAAUCGGGGCCGUCUGGAGGCGGGGCGUAGCAUAGAGGCCUGA